AUGUUUGAACAGAAACAGAGUAAUGGUAGCGAUACUCUAUCAUCGACAACAACGACAACAACAACAACAACAACAACAACAAUGGAUUCAACACAUAUAGCAACAGCUGCAUCAACCACUUCAUCAACUAGUAGUAGUAAUCCUCCAGCGACAAUGAUGAUAUUCGAUACUAGUAAUAGUCAUAAACGACAUUCGAUCAAUCUUUCCUCACCUACUCUCCCUACGCCGUUUCCCAAUGGAGCUAGUUCGGGGAUAAGUAUCAACCCAACAUCACCUUCGAUCAAUAUUGUCAAUAACAACAAUCCAACAGUUGCAUGGGGAGGAUUACCAUUUAUCAGUCAACCAAAUCUACUAUCAUUGUCAGGUGAUAAUAAUAGUAAUACUAGUGCUGCUGGUAGUGGUGGUAGUUCUGCUCCUGGUUCAGCAGCAUCAUCUCUAUUUGGAUCAACAAACAAUAGUCCAAAUAGUAAUAAUUUAUUUGUAAAUAGUAAUACAGGUUCUAAUAGUGUUAGUAGAAAAGAUUCAUCAAUACAAAGAAGAAGAAGACAUGGACAAAGUAAAUCGGUCAGUUAUUCUAAUCUUAGUAUGUUUCAACCAAAUCAACAAGGUCAACAACCAACGGGACAACAACAACAACAAUCAUCAUUGUCUGCUUCAUCUUCACUUGAACAUUUGGAUAUCGAAGAGGAUGGAGAAUAUAUAAUGGAGUAUUGUAGUGUUUUAAAAGACCGAUUGAAACAGUUGGCACAAAUGUUAGAGCGAGACCAAUCAGAGUUGAAUCACAAGGAUCAAGAGAUUGAUUUGUUAAAUAACCGUGCCAAUCGCUACAACAAUGAGAUUCGCGAAAAGGAGGAAGAGAAUGAAAAGAUGGCACUGCGAAUCAAAGAGCUCGAGAAACAGUCAAGAGGCGAUGCGUCGACGAUUGCUUCGAUGCGAAAUGAAUUGGAAGAGAUAAAGAAUGCAUGGGUCGAUUCGUCAGAGGCGGCCCAAUGGAAGGAGCAGAUCGAGGCACUCACGAGCGAGCUCGAAUCAAAGGAUCAGGAUCUCGAAGGGUCGCGCCAGCGAAUCGACACGCUGACAGACCAGGUGCGACGUGAACGAGAGGUUAAUGUAGUGGCGCGAACAGAGGCAGAGAGUGCACAGCGACAGUACAGGACAGAGCGCGAAGAAGAUCCAACGCAAUCAAAAGCAGGUGCAGCGACUACAGAUCGAUGCCUCGACACUGACCACACGAUACAAAAAGAUGGAGGAGAGUAUGACAGAGAACAACAACCAGCUCCAUCAGACCAAAAAGUCGCUACGAAACUCACGAAAAGAGUUAUCGAAAAUGACGCAAGAGCUAUUCGUAAAUCAGUCGAUCUUUCAGAACUAUCGAAAAUGAUUCAGGCUCAAGAUCGAUCAAGAGAAGAAGAGGAAGAGAAUAACAACAACAACAAACAUAGCACUGAUGGUACGCCUCCAGGCACAACAACAACAACUGUUGCCAACACAUUCAAUUCUUCUCCACUCAAAAACAACGCAUCAUUUUUAUUACAACGAAGAGAAAGAGGGUUAUCUUCACCACAACCAAUCAACCGUCAACUACAAACUCCACAGUCUCCAAACGACAGUUUAAAUACUAGUAUGAAUGGUGGAUCGCCAUCAUCGUCGAGUGGUAGCGGAAAGGUGUCGAUUGAACAGUUGGAAGACAUGUUGGAUCGUGCGAGAUCGGCCAACAUUGGAUACAGACUACACAUUCAAUUUCUCAGCAAAGAGAUCAAGACUCUGGAAAAGGAUGUACAACAACAAAAAGAAUUCAACAAUACGGUCAUAACUAGAAUGAAUUUCGAUUUGGAAGAGUCUAGACGAUUAAACACAAGAAUCAGAAAGGCAUUCCUUCAGAGAUUUGGUAAAGAAGAUGACACUAUCUUUUUGGAUUAUUAUAUUUUAACUGGAAAAUUCCAUCCACCCAUUAAUUCUUUACUUCAAGUUGAACUUUCAACAUUUACUUUACCAUCAUCAUCACCUAAUGCAAGUUCAUUAUCUUCAUCAUCUACAUCUUCAUCAUCUUCUUUAUCAUCUUCUUCUAAUAAUACAACUGUAAUUCCACCACCGUUACCAUCAACGGCAACAACAACAACAAUAACAAAUACCACAACUAUCACAUCAACAAUUUCAUCAUCAUCAUCAACCAAUCAAUCACCUUUACCAAUUAAAUCAGCACUUAAAUCAUCUUUAAAAAAUUCAAGUAACAGUAAUAAUAAUUCAACAUAUAAUAAUAGUGAAGACAACGUUACAAAUGAUUAUAGUAAUAAUAGUAUUAAUAUAGAUUCACUAUCACCGAUCAGUUCAUCCAAACAACAACAACAACAACAACAACAACAACAACAACAAAAUCGAUAUGAUAACCAUAAUACUAGUAUUGGAAAUGGAAAUACCAAUGGUAAACCCAAGAUUGAUCUCAAUAAGAUAUGUAAUAGGUGCUCAAAAGAUUUUUCACUGUUUACAAGAAAACAUCAAUGUAGUUCUUGUUCGAUGUUGUAUUGUAGUGAUUGCUGUAAUACAAAGUCUAAAAUGUGUCAUUUCUGUUCACCAGGUCCUAUAUUACCAAACAAAACAAACACUUCCAAAUAA